AUGAAUACCCUUCCACACCCUUUACCAAGUAGCCGCGCCCAUCGUCUCCCCAAGUCAUCGCCUUGCCGGUUAUCGCCUUCCCCAUCUUCUCCGGCGCCGGUGUCGUCAGUCGCCCUUUCCACAGCCCCUUCGUCUCCCCAAGUCGUCGCCUCGUCGGUUCCCGUCCUCCAUCUUCGUCGUCGGUCUCGCUUCUGUCAGGUAUGUCUCGCCGUCCUUCCUGUUUUGUCGUCGGUCGUUAGUCGGUUUAAGUCGCCGGUCGCCGGUCUUCAAAUCCCUCCCCCCACCCCACGUCGCCGGUCUUCAAAUCGCUCCCCCAACCCUACGAUCGUCGGUCUUCUUCUUCUAGCAGGUCUCACGUCGCCUUCUUCCAGCAGGUCUGUCGUCGCCGCUCGUCGCUGCCUCUCGUCGCCGCGUCUCGUCGCCACCUCUCGUCGCCGCCUCACGUCGCCGUCUCCGGUCGCCUUCCACAGCCUCCUUACUGCUGCAUCCUCUCCUGUCUAG